AUGGCAUCCUCCGAAGUCGACCAGAAAUUCCUGGGUCACUUCGCCAAGACCACCAGCAUCGACAACAAUUAUCUAUCAAGCUUUCUGUUUCGCGUCCUGGGACUGUCAGUCAUCCUUGCCGAGAAAUUGCUGAAAGCACGCAAAGCAAAACAAUUAGACCCUGUACGAAACCCAAAGGACAAAACCUGCAUCAACCACAUAUUAUGGCUCGCACGCGAAGGCUUGGUAAUGGUCGAGCAGUAUAUUCUUCCCAUGGUCGGCAAUUAUGUCGAGUUGAAGGUGUUGGCGUAUAAGUUGCGCGCUAGCUUUUAUCACAUCUUUGUGCUUUUCCACAAUGACCCUCCUGUCAAUAAUCGAAUUAACAGAACACGUUCGGGAUCUGGAGGCCUCUAUUCGUUAUAUCCCGACCCCCUUACACCUAGAACACCCUCGACCUCGUCCGGCAAUUCACAGUCGAAUAGACGGCAGAGAUCGCCGGCAAUCAGUCUAGGUGGGCCAGUAGGUGGCAUAUCCACAACUCGAAUCCCUCCUGGCCUUGCCAUACCUGGGCAGUUGACGACUAACGGGAGCUCGUUAUUUAUCUGGCCCUCUGAAGACUACACUCCCCGUGCAACGAAUGCUUUUGCGGCAGCAAAUUCGCUUGCAGAGUCACUCCUGCCUGGUUCUCAUCCUGUCCGCUUAUCAGUGAAAGUGGAAUACGUGGCUUACCUUUACGAUUGCCUCGGCGAACGCGACCAGAGUCGUCGCGCAGCACGACUUGCCAUCCGACAAGUCUACGAAGCAAAGGAGGGAAUGGACGAUGAGAGCUUUGAAGAUGCUGCUGAGAUGGUAGGCAUGUUAGGGCGAAUGAUGAAGCGUGGUUUGCAGCCACAGAGUCAGCCGUCCUUACAGCAGCCGAUUUCUGCUCCGCCCGAAAGACCGAUCCCUCCUAUACCCACGACAACGCAGACAAAGAGUCCACGACAUGCAAAGCAGUCAAGUACGACUUCGCAGAGCCCUGGACGGAGCCCUGGUAGAGGGAGGCGGGGCCAGAGCGCAAGCAAAGGUGUCAACCCGCCAACGACUCAGCCAACGACUUGGGUGUAG